GUGUGUGUAGAUUAAACAUGAACGGGCCAAAACGGACAUGGCAGCAGGUCAAAAUCAAAUACAAGAACAUUCUGCAGAAUGCAGUGAAAAAGAAUACCCACAGACAAGGCACGGGUGGUGGCUCACCAAAGGCUGACCUUACCCCAGCAGAGGACAUGGCCUUGGAGCUAAAUAAAGGCAGGCCCGUCUUAGAGGGGAUCCCUGGGGGGAAAGAGACGAGCAUAGGUUCCUCCCAAGAUGCCACCCGCUUCAUUCAAGUGCCUGGCAGCACUGUGUUCCUGUUAGAGCCACCAGCACAAGCACCAGACGAUGCUGAUCCAGGUGAAGGCCCCAGUGCAGCAGCAACAGCACAUGAUGGAGACGAUGAUGAGGAGGAGACCAUCUCUCUGGAUUCCAGAAGGCAUGAGGACCCAGAUGCUAUACAGUGGGAAAACCAGCCUGGCAACAUAAGCUCACAAGCUAUCAGAAAGUUGUAUGGCAACCACCUCCGGCGCCAAAUAGAACUGGCAGACAUAGACAUUCAGUACAAGAAGAAAAAGAUGGAAAAUCUUGCACUGGAGUCCGAAAUAAAAAAGAGGACAAUUAGGAAACUGGACCUUGAAAUAAAAAAACUUGAGAGGGAGCUCCAAGAAGAUGACACAGCUCAAAAUAAAAAUUAGGUAUAUUCUCGUAAAGUCAAGUGAGCCAUGACAUAUGAGCUCUUAUUGUGAGCACACAGGACGGUGGCAUCUUUCUAAGGUUUUUUUAUUUUCCCAGCAAUCAGUACAACCAAGUCAUCGUUAUA